AUGACUUUCGAAACAGCCGACUCAACCCAGAGGACCAACCUAGACUAUGCUGUUCAGCCACCCACUUCUCAGAACACAUCAACCACUGAACCAGAGCGACUCGCUGCCCCUUCUACCAACGGGGCCUCCUCUCACGACAUUUGGUUUUUCCCAAAAGAGAUAAAGAAUGAUCUGAAAGACACUGAAGUUCCAGAAGCAUUCAUCGCCGAGGCUCUAGCUUGUGCUUGGGAGUAUGCUCGAUGUGUGAUACCACACUUCACCAACUGGCCCCGCUACGUGGCUUUCACGCGGAUCUUGGUGGUUGCAAUCGUCGUGGAGUUUCGCGGCUCUCUCGUGGAUGUGGUGGCUGGUGACAAGGUCUUGGGAUAUGACGUCGAAGAACUCAUUGACACUCUCUUCGCUGGCACCGUCGGUCGAGAUGCAAUGGCUAGGGAGUUCCGCUCGUGGCUUCUAAUCACGGGAGACAAGACAAGUCACAGACGCACCUCGGAGCUGUUCCAUCGAUAUGUUGAGUCUCUGGCCUUUACGCCAAGAGAUUGGUUUCGACUACGAGACUGUGAUGCCCUGGCAAGGCUCACCAUCGCAGCCGCAUGGGCUUGCAAUGAUCUUGAUGACAUGUGGUUAAGUGAGGAUGAAUUUGAGAUUCUCACCGAACUUUGUGACACGCUCUACGACUCCGUUGCUUUUAUGAAGCAUCGAGCUGAAGGAGAGACUCACAAUACGUUCGCUUAUGCUGGAGAAGAACUUCGAACAGAAAGUUUUCGCCGCUGCCGUGAGGUUUUAUGGGCCCUAGAUCUUGCUUGGGCUCGUUCUGAUGGACACCGUUGCGUUAUCAGCUUUUUGAGAGCCAUUGGAGGCCCUAUCCAUAUGAACAUGCGACGGUACCGAUUUGUGGAAGAGGAUUUGACAAUAGGUCGACCUGAGACGGAGCAAGUCGUAAGGGAGACUCGAGAGAACUACAAGCUCUGGAAUAGAGUUGACAUGAUAAACAACUUGGAAAAUAAUCUCACGGACCACGCUCGAUACAAAGUCGCACUAGCUCGAAGCAAUACUUUGAUGUUUCCUGGCCUCGCCGAGAUGCUGCAGCGGUCGACUGAUGGACGCUGUGACAAAUGUCAUUAUCGUCUUUCCUAUGGUGCUGAGACGGCUGGCCGCUUUGGGGGAGUCGAACUGUGCAAUGUUUGCAGGGAGCGAUGGAAGGUGUAUCUUGAAGACUUCCCAAGCCGUGCCGCACGAAUUUUCCCAGUGCUUUUGACACAUUGGCCUUCUUCGAUCGAGCCUGUCCAUGAAGAGCAAACCUUAAAUUGUGAGGAGGUGAGACUGUCAGUGUGAUUUAAGAUGACAGAAGAGAAGAUUUUGAACGAGAAGCACCUGCAUCGUUGAAGUGAGUUAUGUCACGUGAUAGACUUUACUACCUUUUGAACAUAAGUUUUUGUCUAUCGACAUUAGAUAAGGG